AUGCUUUUCCAGACCGUCGCUUCCGUCGCCCUCUUGGCCACCGGUGCCACUGCUGCCGCCGCUGAAGCCAGACAGCCAUACCGCCUGGCUGUCAUGGCUCUGCCUGGCCAGAGCUUGAUGCGUCGUGACACCAACGGCUACAAGCCCGACCAGAAGCAGUGCAAGGCUGGAAACACCUGCGCCGAGGCCUGCGGUGCUGGCUAUGCUCAGUGCCCUGGUGGAAAGCCUGAUGUUGCCCACUGCUUCAACCAAGGUGCCGGCGAGUCUUGCUGCACUGACAACUCUGGCAACUCCUGCGCUGCUGGCUACUACUGCACUCACGACACCAAGGCCCAGACCUGGUGCUGCCCCAACAACAUGGACUUGGCUGCUUGUGCUGCCGCAUACACCGUUACUGGUCUUGUUGCUGCUACUUCCAAGCCUCCCUCUACGACCUCGCAGCCUCCCACAACCACCUCUGCACCUACCACUACCAGCGUCCCCGUUGUGACUGCUACCGUUGACAAGAACACGACUAUCUGCAACGCUAGCACUGGCAAGUCUACCGCAUGGACUGGCAUGAACAGCACCAUCAGCAUUCCCACACAGCCCUCCGUCGGUAUCCCAUCAGUCACUGCUGUUCCUCCUCCUGCCCCGACCAACGUCAACGGCGCCGCCGCUUCUGGCGUCAGCGCUCUGUUGCUCGUCGCUGCCGGUGUCGUCGCUCUUCUGUAA